GCAUUUUGUUAAGAUAUUUAGCAGCAAUUACCUCUUCGGUUGUAAAAGUAGAAAAAAAUAAAAAUAAUCUUGUAAACACUCAUAUUCUUUUUUUGGAUCUUUUGAAAAAUAAAUUUAAUUUUGAUUUCUUAAUCAAGUAUUUAUGUGAAGAUUUUGUUAAUCAAAGUGUAAAAUAAUUAAGGACUGCAAUAAUCUGUGACCAUUGCGACGUGUACAAUCGGACUUGUGACGUGUACAGAUUUUAAAUUUGUUCCGAACUUUUGAUCGAAAUGUUGGACUAUGUAGUAGUUUUUACAAAAGGUGGUGUAGUUUUAUGGAAAUGUAAUUCUACGGACCAAAAUGUAACUCCAAAUAUAAACAGUUUGAUACGUAGUGUUAUAUUAGAGGAACGUAAUACAGAAUCAAAGUAUUUUGAGGAGGAUAACUUGGCUAUACAAUUUAAAUUGGACAAUGAACUUGAAUUGGUUUACGUUGUUGUUUAUCAGAAAGUUAUAAAAUUGCCCUACGUCGAUGGUUUUUUAAGCGAUAUGCAGAUUGCAUUUAUGGAUAAGUUCGGUGAUGUAUUGACAUCUUCCCAACGUUAUGGUGUCGAAUAUGAAUUUGACAGCGAGUUUAGAGCCGCGUUAGUAUCGGCGGAGAACUCGGCCAAACAAAACAGCAAAGCUCCGAAAGCUAUGAGGUCCUUUAAUGAAUCUCUUAAAUCAAAGAAAACUGUAGCUUCAAUGAUUGAAAAUCCAAAUGAUAACAAAAAAAGUGAAAAUACAAAGAAAGUAAAUAUAGUGGAGAGUCCAAAAGCUGAGAAAACUGUCACAACUGAAGAUAUUAUCAUGGAAAAUCGCAAAAAAUUAAGAGAAAAAUUAUCAGGUAAAAAGAGUCCUCAACCGGAGAGUAAGACUAAAGCUGAAAAGGAAAAAGCUGGCAAAAAACCAAGAGUUUGGGAUUUGGGUGGAAGCUCUAAGGAUGCUGUAGUAUUGGAUCGUUCAAGAGAUAAUGCUGACGACGUACAAUACAAAAAUAUUCAAAACAAUAUUGUAGGCACAAUGCAGGGAAGUAUACGAGAUUUGGAAGUAGAGAGUGAUGACGAUGAAGUUGAUUCUGACAAUGACGAACCUAUGAUUAAAGUUGUCUCAGAUAGUAAGAAAAAAUCGGGCAUUUUAUCUUACUUCAAGGGCUUUGUAGGUGGAAAAACUUUGACACGCACGGAUUUGCAGGCAGCUUUAGACAAAAUGCGUGAUCACCUAAUUUCCAAGAAUGUUGCUGCCGAUAUUGCGUGCAAACUUUGCGACUCUGUCGCUUCUAGUUUGGAAGGCAAAUCUAUUGGCACAUUUGAUUCAGUGGCAACUAUGGUCAAAGAUGCUUUAACAAUGUCUUUAGUCCGUAUUUUAUCACCAAAACGACGCGUUGAUAUUAUACGUGAUGCCCUCGAAGCCAAACGAAACAACAGACCAUAUACUACCAUUUUCUGUGGUGUUAAUGGUGUGGGAAAGUCCACUAAUUUAGCCAAAAUAUGUUUUUGGCUAAUUGAGAACGAUUUCAGUGUUUUAAUAGCUGCUUGCGAUACUUUCCGUGCCGGUGCAGUGGAACAAUUGCGUACACACACACGACAUCUAAAUGCCCUCCAUCCGCCAGAGAAGCAUGGUGGUCGCACUAUGGUUCAACUUUAUGAAAAAGGUUAUGGUAAAGACGCCGCCGGUAUAGCGAUGGAAGCCAUUAAGUUUGCUAAUGACACGCGUAUCGAUGUUGUAUUGGUGGACACUGCUGGUCGUAUGCAAGACAAUGAGCCAUUGAUGCGCUCCCUCUCAAAACUCAUUAAAGUUAAUGAUCCCGAUUUGGUACUCUUUGUUGGCGAAGCUUUAGUCGGUAAUGAAGCCGUAGAUCAGUUGGUUAAAUUUAAUCAAGCCCUUGCCGAUUAUUCUUCCGACGAAAAUCCCCACAUUAUCGAUGGAAUUGUCCUAACAAAGUUUGAUACGAUAGACGAUAAAGUUGGCGCUGCCAUAUCAAUGACAUACAUCACAGGUCAGCCAAUUGUGUUUGUGGGCACUGGUCAAACCUAUUCCGAUUUAAAAGCUAUCAACGUCAAUGCUGUUGUGCACUCGCUUAUGAAGUAACUUGUUGUUAAUCCCUUAAUAAUUUUCACGGUUAUUUUUCUUUGUUUUAUAUUUUUACACAUUUUCAAUUAAGUAAAUCUUUUCUGUUUUGUACAUUUAUUAAAAA